AUGAUCGUCGAAUUCGUGCUCGUGGUGCUCGCCACGACGACGUCGCUCGCCACCGAGUACAGUAUGCGAAGCGAGCAGGAGAUUCUCAACACGCUCCUCAAAAAUUAUGAUAUGCGCGUUCGGCCGCCGGCGGAUUCCAACAACGCCUCAGAUCAGGCGGUGAAGGUGCGAGUAAAUAUUAUGAUUCGAAUGCUAUCCAAAAUUGAUGUGGUUAACAUGGAGUAUUCGAUGCAAUUGACGUUCCGAGAACAAUGGGUCGAUCCUCGUCUAGCCUACGGCAAACUGCGAUUCUACAAUCCGCCAGCAUUUUUGACAGUGCCCCACGUCAAGAAUAACCUGUGGAUUCCCGACACGUUUUUUCCGACCGAGAAAGCGGCUCAUCGACAUCUCAUCGACACGGAGAACAUGUUUCUGCGAAUCUAUCCGGAUGGACGGAUUCUGUACAGCUCGCGAAUCAGCCUCACCAGCUCGUGUCCGAUGCGCCUUCAAUUAUACCCACUCGACUAUCAGAUGUGCAAUUUCGAUCUGGUCAGCUAUGCUCACACAAUGAAUGACAUCAUGUACGAGUGGGACAAAGAGAGUCCCGUGCAGUUGAAGCCCGGCGUCGGUUCGGACCUUCCCAAUUUUGUGCUUGAGUAUGUGAGCACGAACGACGCGUGCACAAGUCAUACGAAUACCGGCUCCUAUGGAUGCCUUCGAAUGGAAUUGAUAUUGAAGCGCCAAUUCAGCUACUAUCUCGUCCAGCUCUACAUUCCGACUAGCAUGAUUGUCAUCGUCUCCUGGGUCUCAUUCUGGAUUGAUCUUCAUUCAACGGCUGGAAGGGUCGCGCUAGGGGUCACCACCCUUCUAACAAUGACAACUAUGCAAUCGGCGAUCAACGCAAAACUGCCACCCGUCAGCUAUGUGAAAGUCGUCGACGUUUGGCUAGGUGCCUGCCAAUUAUUCGUGUUCGGCGCCCUUUUAGAAUACGCGUUCGUCAGCUAUCACGACAGCGCUCAACAGAGUGUCGAGGCGCGGCAGAAAGCGACCCGAAAAGCUCAAAAGAGGCGCGAGAAGCUCGAAAUGGUCGACGCCGACAUCUAUCAUCCGCCGUGCACAUGCCAUACGUUCGAGACACGCGAAUCGCUGCGAGACCGCUUCCGCAAAUAUUUCAUUCGUCCCGACUAUCUGCCGGCGAAAAUCGACUUCUACGCGCGAUUCACCGUCCCGCUCGCCUUCAUCCUCUUCAACAUCGUCUACUGGACCUCGUGUCUCACAAUGUCGUCUCAUGCUCAUCCCGAUUAUGCCAAGGAUCUCUAA